AUGACUGCUUUGAACAGUAGUUUACUACAAAAUACAUCGUUUGUGCGUCCAGAAUACUUUUUCAUUGGUGGGUUUUCUGGAAUACCUUUCAGCCAAUACUACUUUGUCUUUUUAAUGUUUGUCUAUAUUAUCUCACUUUGUGGAAACUUACUUGUCCUUUUUAUGAUACUAGUUGACAAACGUCUCCAUAUUCCUAAAUACAUGGGGAUCUUUAAUUUAGCUCUGUCAGAAUUUGGUGAAGCAAAUGCACUGAUUCCCAACCUUUUGAAGACUUUUGUCUUUGAUUCACGGCACAUAUCCUAUGAGGCAUGUUUGGCUAACAUGUUUUUUAUUUAUUUCUUCGGAGGUGGACAGGCUUUAACUCUUGUUGCCAUGGCGUAUGAUCGUUUUAUUGCCAUUUGCCUACCUCUGAGAUAUCAUGCUAUUGUAAAUAACUCCUUUAUGUUUGCAUGUUUAACAGCAAUAUGGGUAUUUAAUUUUAUUAUAUUUGGCACUAUGGUGGUUUUAGUUACACAACUUUCAUUCUGUAAAAAUAAUGAGAUAAAUAGCUUUUUUUGUGACCAUGGGCCAAUUUAUACACUUGCUUGCAAUGACAACAGUAUAAAUAUCUUUAUGGGGAACUUUUGUGUGGUACUAUACCUUUAUGUACCAUUGACUGCCAUAAUCUUAUCAUACUUAGGUAUUUUGUUGGCUUUAAUCAAAAUUACAACAUGGGAGGCUCGUCUUAAAGCAUUUAAAACCUGUGUCUGUCAUCUGUGGGUAGUGGGAAUAUUUUUCCUACCUGUAUCAAUUACGUAUCUUGCAGAUAUAAUAUUCUCUCUCCAUCCCAAUGCUAGGAUAAUUAAUAUUUCACUCUCAUUAACAAUUCCACCCAUGAUUAAUCUCAUCAUUUAUGUUGUGAACACAAAGGAAUUUAAAAACUUCAUCAUAAAAAUGCUGCAGCAA